AUGAUGGACCCGGUGUUAGUCCUCAUCAUCGCGAGCUGCAUGACGCUAACGCAGUUCGCGCUGCAGCUCAAGGAGAAUAUCACCACCAGCGCUUACCUAAAAAACUUCGAUCUCAUGCUGGAGUCGACGGCAUCCUUGCACGCGUUGCUGACGGAGUUUAAGGGCUUCAAAGGCUGGGGUGUUGCGACCGACGGCGCGAAGAAAUCGUUUCAGAGGCUCGAAGAUCUCUUACGGAAAGCCACGGCGUUGCUACAACGAUGCAUCAGCGCGCGGAGUAAACUGCUGCAGCUGGUAUCGGAGCACGCGCUACAGGCGCAGGACUUCGUCAAGAUGCACGCGGAGCUGGAGCAGUGCCUCUCCACCGUCCCCAUCCAAACCCUCCCUGAACCCCUCACCUCCAAGCUCACGGCGAUGCGGCAGCAGCUGCUGAACACGCCCUUCACGGAGUGCGUCACGCCCGCCAUGCGCGCGCAGCUGCAGCUGCUGCUCUCCUCCGCCGCCUCCCCCUCCCCCGCGCUCAAGGACGCGCCCGGCUCCGACGUCCUCGCCUUCCAGCUGGCGGAGGCGCUCGGGCUGGGGCUCUCCGCGGAGGCCGCCAACCCGGGCGCUCUGCGGCGCGAGCAGGAGGCGCUGGCGCUGGAGAAGCGCAAGGCGCAGGAGGGGCGGGACUUGGCGCAGGCGAAGGUGGUGGAGCAGAUAGUGCUGGUGCUCAUGCGCAUGGAACGAGAGGUGGCAGCGCGCAGAGAGAAGCAGAAGCGCGCCGCUGAGGCCGUAGCAGGUGCAGGCGGCACUGCUACUGCUCCUGCCGCCCCUGCCCCCUCCUCCAUCUUCGCGCCUCAGCCCAGCCGGUCCCAUGCACCAGCAGCAGCGCCGGGGAUUAAUUUGCUGGCAGAGAGCUUGACAGAGCUGAGCGUCAUCGACGCGCUCCUCCCCCUCGCAGCUGCCUCCUCUCCGCAGGAGGCGAAAGCAGCCGACGCCGCGGUCAGAGCCCUGGGGAAUCUGCUAGCGGAUGAGGAUGUGAAGGUGGAGCUGAUUGGUCACCUGCCGCUGCUGGUCCAGGCGCUGAAACGGGCGCAGCUGCCGGCCACGCGCGCCGGCAUGGCCCGGAUUUUCAAAGCGAUUGCCACGAUAUCGGACGAGGCGUGUAAGGUCGUGGUGGAUGCGGGCGCGGUGCCGCACUUAGCUAAGUUUGUCGACCCCAGCGCCGCUGCCGCUGCCGCGACGGCCAACCCGCCCCCGAUGGGCGGCGCGGCGGUGGCUGCGGCGGCCGCCGCAGAGGAAGCGUCCAAGCAAUGCGCGGCGGAAACCCUAGCGAUCCUCGCGCAGGUCCCCUCGAAGCGAAGCCGAAUGGUGGCAGAUGGAGCGGUGGGGCCACUCUCGCUCCUCGUGCUCGCCUCCCCCCCGAACGAAACCCUAAUCGCGGCGGUGACGGCACUGGCGGGACUGGCGAGCGUGCACGAGGGCAGGGAGGGCAUGGGCGCGGUGCUGCCGACGCUUGUGAAUCUGCUGCGGGUGGAGGAUGAGGGGGUGAUGGCGCCGACUCUUGACGUGUUGCUGCUGCUGGCCAAGCACAGCGCGGGGUACCGCAGUGGCAUCCGGAAUAACGGGGGGAUGAGGCAUCUGAGGAAUGUGCUCCGCGUGGGGCCGUCGCCCCUCCACAACAAGGGCAUGGAGCUGCUAGCGGCUCUCUUCUCAUAG